CACACACACACCAGGCGGAUACAGCCCACAAACUCGGAUUGCUACUGUGUUUAUCAUCCUUGAGCUAUUGGAAAGUAAUGUUUCUGUUACAUUUCACGCGCUUAUUUAAAAUAUAGUCUACAGAGCUGACCUUAUAGGAGUUGUCGUUAUUCGUGUAACUUUUUUGGAGGAUUAAAUGCAGAUUUUUGGUAUAAAAGCAAAAAAAAAAAAAAUCUUUAAGUGAGGAUGACCGGAUAUGUAAAAGAACACGGGUUCAGUUGUACAUUUAACCGAAAAAGUUAUUUAUGGGGCGGUUGCGCGCGCGUGUUUCGAAUGAAAUGUGGCUCGCGCAUGUCGGUAUUUGGGCGCGCGGUUAACAGGUGCAGCGCGCGUUCCUAGUGCUCGCUUUCCCCGGGAUUACCGGACGUCGGCUUUAGUGCUGAUGGGCAACCACGUCGAUAAACUCGCGCACCUGAGUUACGCCGAAGUGCCGACCGCGGAGCCGAGCGGCACGGACGCGGAGGACGACGGCGCGCGUAUCGGCGUGUCCUACAUCUUCUCCACGGACAACGACGACGCGUUGACGGACGACAGGACGGACGAGAGGACGCCGCCUCCACCGCACGAGCUCGAGUGCGCCGUCUACCACACGGCCGCGUGCGUGUACGAGAGGCGCGCGCGAGACAUGCGCGCGCAGUCCGCAGAAACCCUGAUGAGCAAGUGCGUGCCCGGGGACGUCCUGGAGUUCGUCGCCGCCGGCCAAAGUCCCCACUGGGCUGUGUACAUCGGCGACUUUCAGGUAGUGCAUCUGCACAGGGCGGAGGUGAAGUGCGGCUUCGUGAUGGACGCGGGCCGCGGCAGACGCUGCCGGAUCGUGAACCAGCUCUACAAGUACGAGCCGCUGAGCGCCAACGCCGUGGUGCGAAACGCCACCGAGCACGUGGGCAUGAAGGAGCGCGAGCUGAGCUGGAGGAACUCGGAGUGCUUCGCCGCCUGGUGCAAGUUUGGCAGGCGGGAGUUCAAAAUGGGCGGAGAGCUGCGCAUCGGAAAGCAGCCGUACAAGCUGAAGCUGCUGCUGAACGGCAAACAGGCGCACGAGCUCGAGUUUCAGAGUCUGGAGGACGCGAUCAUGGAGAGGAGACGCAGGGACAGGCUGGGCAAACCGGCCGUGCUGCAUGAGCUGGAGGGACAGAGGUGAACUGACACAGAUAUGCACCUUGUACUGUAUGUUCAACGCUUUAAAAAAAAAAAACUGCAUCAUCUCUAUGUCCCACAUUGUUUUCGUUGAAUUGACACCUAAAGUGUUUCCACAAGUUCUGAGUCCUGAUAGAGGUAAAUGAACAGUUAAGUAAAUAUCAUAAACCAGCGGUUUAUUCAGCAGCACAGAUAUCUGUAAUGCUGCUCACACUCUCUGACACUCUCUCUGAUCUUAUUUUAUGUAGAUGAUGGUAACAAUUUCAGUUUACUUUCAGACCAUUUAUGUAAAACUUCUUUGCUUACAAAAGUCUGAUUAUGAUGACUAAAUGGCGAAAACACUUACCGCUUAAUACAUAACAUUUACGGAUACAAUUCGAAAUGGCUGUUUUCUGUUUGUUUAUUUGUUUGUUUGUUUUCCUAGUGACACUUCAUGUUACCACUUUUGAUUAAUACCACCGACUCUGAACAGAUGAGCCACACCUGUUUUGAAUAUGAUGUGGAGAGAAUAAAUGCAUACCUCCCUGUC